UGAAACCUUUUGUGUCUUUGUCUCUUUUAUGUGAUUAAACACUUAGUAGUAAUAAACUGUUGUAAUUUAGUGUUAAAAACAAUGAAGCGGUGAAGAAUGUGUCUGCUAAAUGGAGUAACGGAUUUCCUUUUGCACUUUUUCCUCCAGACCUGCAGCAAGAUGUUGCUUUUAUUUUUCUGUCUGCUUUCUCUGACGGCAGCGGCGACUGAAGUGGGUCUCGGCGGUAAAGUGCUUCUGUUUCCAACCAAGACAAGCUUUGUUAAACUCACUCCUGAAAGGCCCCUGAAUCUCUCAGCGUUUACUCUCUGCAUGCGUGUGACGAUGGAGCCCCAGGUCGGGCGGGAUAUCAUUCUGUUCUCCUACCGAAUAUCUUAUACCGCCGAGCUCAACGUGUGGAGAGAGAAAGAUGGCCGCUUUUCUUUUUAUAUUCAGUCUAAUAAUGAAGGAGCAUUUUUCAACCUGCCUCUCUCCACGUUCCAGACUCACCUGUGCGUCACCUGGGACUCUGCAACCGGUCUUUCUGCUUUUUGGGUGGAUGGACGGCGCAGUGCGUUCCAGAUCUAUAAGAAAGAUAAGUCAGUUCUUCCUGGUGGCACCGUUCUGCUCGGCCUGGACCCUGAUGAAUAUGUGGGUUCCUUUAAUUCAAGGCAGAGCUUUGUUGGCGAAAUUACAGAUGUGAACAUGUGGGAUUAUGUUCUCUCUGGCAGUCAGAUUAAGGCUUUGCAUUUAAACCAGGAACAGAAUAUACCGAAGGGAAACGUGUUUGACUGGAACACCAUCAAAUAUGAGACCAAUGGAAAUGUGCUAGUGGUUGAAAAUAACUGAUUCACAUCUGAUUUCUCCACACAGUUGUGUCAGUCGUUAUGAUCUGUUCUAAUGAGUUUCAAAGCUUGUAAGGGUUAACCAAUAAAUAUUCUCAGCAUUACA